UCACUACAUGUGUCUUUAUUUGUGAGUGAACAAUUCCGUUUGUACAAGACAUUAAAACAAGUGUGUCACCUUCGGAUCCGGAAAACACGCCCACAAUUGCUAAAUGUACGCGCAGAGAAAAGCCAUUGGACAAUUAGGGCUGUCAAUAGCGCAUAGCUGCCAUUCUUUCCGUUCUGUCCUGAGCUUGGCGAAGAGUUUGCAGAUGUGUUUCAGCAUGGGCAGUUGAAACAGCAGGACACUGCUCAAUAGUGUAACUUUUACAGAAUACUAAAUGAUUAAUUUCUGAUAUACGUAUGGGAAAUUGAUAACUAAUAUUGUUGCACGGAAUCUAAGACUGUGCCGAUUUUAGAAUUUCAUUCAUUUGUUUUGUCUUGAACGACAAGGAAAAUGCCAGUAGCAACUCUAUUGCCUUUUACAGCUACCCCGAGUAGGAAGUCUGCCAGCCCGACCUCCUUUAGAUUGACAGAGAAAUUCAUUUUGCUAUUAGUUUUUAGCGCUUUUAUUACGCUUUGUUUCGGGGCAAUUUUUUUCCUGCCGGAUUCAUCGAAGCUACUGAGCGGAGUUUUCUUCCACUCGUCUGCGGUAGAAACCAACACGCGAACAGGUACGGAUAGUGAUUCAAACGUUGCAGUUGGGACCGAAGAAAAGAUAUUAACCAAGAUUAGAAAGGACCACGAAAAGGCUUUGGUUGAAGCAAAAGACACACUCCAGAAACGACCAGACGAGAUAAAGCAAGAUAUACAAGACGAGAAGGACAAAGUUUUGAAGGAAGGUAAAGGUGGGAAAGAUUACAAUAACCUGCCAGUCAUUGAAUAUGUUCGGCCACCCGGAGCAACAGGGCACGAGCCCUCCGAUCCGGAAACCAAAGAGAGACGAGCAAAAAUUAAAGAGAUGAUGACAUUUGCCUGGGACAGUUACAAGCGCUACGCCUGGGGAUCUAAUGAGCUGAGGCCUGUUUCCAAGCAAGGCCACUCCAGCAAUCUGUUUGGGAGCAUAAAAGGAGCCACCAUCGUGGAUGCUCUGGAUACCCUGUACAUCAUGGAGAUGUUUGAGGACUUUGACAUGGCCACAGAGUGGGUGGAGAAGAACCUGGACUUCAACGUGAAUGCUGAGGUCUCUGUCUUUGAAGUGAACAUCCGGUUUGUCGGAGGCCUGCUCUCUGCCUAUUACCUUUCUGGCAAAGAGGUGUUCAGGAGGAAGGCCAUAGAACUGGGAGAGAAGCUGUUGCCUGCAUUCAAAACCCCCACAGGCAUCCCCUGGGCCCUCCUAAACCUGAAGAGUGGCAUCGGGAGGAACUGGCCUUGGGCGUCUGGAGGGAGCAGCAUCCUGGCGGAGUACGGCACCCUGCACCUGGAGUUCAUGCACCUCUCCAAGCUGUCAGGGAACCCAGCCUUCGCAGAGAAGGUCAUGAACAUCCGGAAGGUUCUGAAUCGCCUUGAUAAGCCCCAGGGACUGUACCCCAACUACCUGAACCCUAACAGCGGACAGUGGGGACAACAUCAUGUGUCAGUGGGCGGCCUGGGAGACAGCUUCUAUGAGUACCUCCUCAAGGCCUGGCUGAUGUCGGACAAGACGGACGAGGAGGGCAAGAAGCUCUACUACGAAGCUCUGCAGGCCAUUGAGACCAGUUUGAUAAGAAAGUCCAGUGGGGGACUGACGUACAUCGCUGAGUGGAAGGGCGGCCUGCUGGAGCACAAGAUGGGUCACCUGACGUGCUUUGCCGGGGGCAUGAUCGCCCUGGGGGCGGACGGAGCGCCCGAGGACAAAACGGGUCACCAGAUGGAGCAGGCCUCAGAGAUUGCCCGCACCUGCCACGAGUCCUACGCCCGCACCACCCUGAAGCUGGGCCCAGAGGCGUUCAGGUUUGACGGAGGGGUGGAGGCCAUCGCCACGCGACAGAACGAGAAGUACUUCAUCCUGAGGCCAGAGGUCAUAGAGACCUACAUGUACAUGUGGAGGUUCACCCACGACCCUAAGUACAGGGAGUGGGGCUGGGAGGCCGUGCAGGCUCUGGAGAAGCACUGUCGUGUGGAGGGGGGCUACAGUGGAGUGCGGGACGUCUACGCCUCCAGCCCCAACCAUGAUGACGUCCAGCAGAGCUUCUACCUGGCCGAGACACUCAAAUACCUGUACCUGCUCUUCUCUGAUGAUGACCAUCUUCCCUUGGAGCACUGGGUGUUCAACACCGAGGCCCACCCCCUCCCUGUCAUUAGGAAGGAGAUGACAGACAAGCCCAGCCAGCUGGAGUAGAGUGGUCCUCCUGGAUCACCCCCUGACCCCUCCCACCACCAAACUCCUCUACCCCCUCCCCUUCUGAGCAGUGGGCGGAGCUGUCUCUUACUCCUCCCCCACCAUGGGUGGAGCUCACCCAGGCAGGCCGCUUCCCUGGCAGACUGGACUCUCCUGUUUUGGAGUCCCUGACCAGACCAGAUGGAACCGGACCGGCUGCCUGCCUCUCCAGAGCCAGACUGCCCCCUACUGGGGACUGGGAGGAACCACCUCAUCCAAGAGUUCUCUUGUCAUCUUGUAAAGAUAGUCUGCAUGCUCCCCCCUCCCAGUGCUGUAAAUCUACCCUCCUCUGUGAGGAGAACAGGACACUGCGCUGUAAGAUUUGCCGUCACUCCAAAAAAAGCCAUACUGAUUUGAAGAAAGCUUUGUCAUUUAUUUUAUUUUGUUCUUUCCACCAUUUGAGGUAUGUGUUUGUGGGUGUGACUGACAAUAGAUCAAUGUCAAUCAACAUAUCACAUUUGUGUCGUUCUUAUCGUAAGUAUGAUUUUAGUCACACUUUAACAAUGGACCAUUUAGGUGGAUUUCUGUUUAAGACCCAGAGCUUGGUUCUCACCUGCUUGAUAGUCAAAUCUUAACUAGUGCCUUUCAGUCUAAUAUGGUCUAUCAAAUAAGCAGUUCAGGCAAAUGGCAAGGUUUUUAAUUUAAACCGGUAGGUAGGUACCAUCAUUGUUCAGAUGGCAUGGUUGAUUGAGUGCUUUGUCACCUCCUCUACCACACUGACAUCUGGUGUUGAACACCAGUAAUACACAGUCAGAUGAGUGUAGCAGGUCAACAUAGAGUAUUAAAGGAGAUGAAGUACCUUGAUGGGAAAAGACCUGCACUGAGAACAACCUCUGUUUUUAAAGAAGUAGAAAUGUUGACUAUCUAUCUGUUCCCUUCCUCCUGAAGUAUGGAACGUGUGGACAGUAGAUUCCUUCUACCAACAUGUCAUCAAUUCAUUCAGCCUAGUCCCCCACCCCCAUCAUCAUGUUCCUUUGUUUUUUAAUUGACAAAGUUGACAUGUGCUUUGUUUGUUUGUUUGUUCCUUUAUUACAGGUGGUAGAGACAUUAAUCUAUGUGAUGUAAAAUAGUUGCUUUGCUGUUAAUUUAUUCCAUAGUACAUAGGAAGGAAGGUUUGGCAUCAGGCACCUUGGUGGCACUGUGGAGAGAAUGGGCCCUGUGUUGUUGUUUAAGUGGAUUAUUUGGGAGAUGGGAGGGAGACAGUGUGGGGGAGACAAGGGCAGAAUCAGACCAAGAAUUUGGGAGUCAAUCAUAUGUAACGAAUGCAUCGUAUGAAUGUACCAUCAAAUGUGAACUGAAGAUUAUUUUACCUUUUGUUGUUCUAAAUUUGUUUGUUGAGAUUAAUUUUUUGUUCCUUUCUUCUGGACAGCACAAAAUGCUGAAACAAUGUGUCGUGGUACCCACAGCAAUCUAUUUAAAGAGGUGGGACAUUGAGGUUCCUGCAUUAUGAGGCAUUUACAUGACACCUCAACAUUCUAUGGCAGCCAUGUUAGUUCCCCAUUUAUGUUACAUAGGGAAUAUUUAAAUAAUGAUAUGUAACGGAAUGUCUAGGAUAAGAAAUAUUCCAAAUUCGUAGUUUACCCAAAUCUCUAAAAUAUAUGGCUCUGGCGGUACCAAUCAGAUGAAGCUGUUAGUCAGUUCAGAAGAAGAGGAAGCUGUUAGUCAGUUCAGAAGAAGAGGAAGCUGUUAGUCAGUUCAGAAGAAGAGGAAGCUGUUAGUCAGUUCAGAAGAAGAGGAAGCACAAAGAAGAGUUGUUUAGUUGUGUUGAAAUGCAAUGAGAAGAUGCAAGGAAGGUUGUAUGUCCACUACACUGAUGGCAUACACUCACAUAUGAACAUACAUACAUGCUGAAUACUGUAUAAAGACAAGAUGAUGAAUACAUCGAAGUGGUCACACUGUACAUGCAUAUCGUAUUCAGAAGUACACACUACACACUCACACGCUCCAACACACUUAUGAACAUGGAAGUUUAUGGACACUCAGAAAUUGAUUUUCAGGUGACCACAGGACCCAUCAAACCACUCUGUUGUCUCAUCAUAAAGGCAAAGUUAAAGGGGAGCGGAUUUGUAUCAAACUAGGUCUCGUGGUCCCGUUCUUCUGUAGUGUACAUCUUUCACAGUCAGGGGCCACUGAUGUCCACAUACACUACAUCUUAUUGGGAAAUAAACGGGGUAGGAUCAAGAGGUCUUGAAGAAGGGCCUUCGUCAUGGUUGAAGUCAUUUUCUUACAUUAGAGGAUAGAACAGACAAGAGGUUUGAGAAGCUGAUAACAGCCCACUACUGGAGCCAAACUCUGCUUUCUACAGCAUUCUUUAAGACAUAAUAAUAAUAAUACCUGUUUACCUUACUGGAGGAAGCAAUGUUAAUGAGAGAAACUGUGAUAUCCAUGUAGGCUGACAUCCCUACUACCUAGUUCAGUUCGGUAGCCAAUCCGGCUCCAGGGAAGAGCGUCACUAUACACUGUGAUACACUGUAGAUAUGAAAUUGCUGCAUUCACCAUCUCUGCACUGUCGGAGAGCCUAAGUGGUUCUCCUGACUGUUGCAGCUUUAGGGAGCAGCAGAGAUUACUCGUAGUGAUACUGAGAAACUUCAAGUCGCUGUAAAAUGCUAACACAUGACAUAUGAAGCAUUUCCUUUCGUCGUUGUUUCAGAUAUGCAGACUAGAAGACGUGCUGUUCAUUUCAAAUUGACUUUGUGAUUGAAUAUUGUGUUGAUGAUCUCUCACAUUACAAUGCCUUUUAUUUGUGAAUCUCUUAAUGGUUUUGUGAAACAACCUCAAAUGUAAAUGGUACAAUAAUGCUGAUAAUCAUUCCAUUGCACAUAGUUUAUUUUGGUUUAUAUGCAAGUUUAAUUUUGUGAGGAAUUGUUCUGUUCAGUUUUUUUGUGUGUGGUUUGUUAUUGAAAUGUAAAUAUUCCAUUCUGGCAAAUAUGCCAUUAUACAUUUAUAUAAAUCUUAUGAGCUUAAAUGAUAUUAAAUGAGCAGCAAAAUGUUUCAUAAACUAUAUUUGUUACACUUCUAUUGUGAAUAAAAACAAUCUUUAAUAUCAA